CCAAGGUGUAUGUGUAAUCCUUAAAAUAAAUUAUCAUUAAAAUAUCUUUACUAAAAUGAUUGAGUAAAUAUCACCACAUUUGUCUGUUUAGCAAACAGAUCGCUUUCAAAUAAGCCAGUGAGAAAUUACUGACUUACAUUUUGGGAGACGUUCCGCCUUUCAUAUAUCCCUCCGCUGUUUUUUUGUCCCCUUUCAGACUGUUUUGGUCUUUUCACUGUUAGCAACGGAAAGAACCCGAGCUAGCUACAAACCCUAUUUUGAAAUAAUCGAAUUUUUUUGUUCGGAUUACAAAGUAAAUUGACAAGAGGUCUAACGCACAUGUUUAUUUUAAGAGGGCAUCUUGAGCGUGCUGUCUUUUUAAAAUAUCAUUAUUUUCGGUUUUAAUGAGAAUUGUACAGAUUGCUAAUUUGGCUAGCGACUGUUAACACGCUAGCUAGCUGCGUAGCAUAGCAUCCUCCUCAAGAGGCUCGUUGACAUUAGCCUGCGAGAACAUUAGCGAGCUGUCACACAACCACACGCCGUCUCGUUGCCAAGAAAUUGCGGACUAAAAGUGGUUGUUUUAAGACGCUGUCUUUUAUGGGAUCACCAUGUCAAUGAAGGCCGGUGGAAAUCGCAGCAAGCCCGGCGGUGGUAACAUCGCUGGUGCAGCCACCUCCGGUGCCGGAGGAAGCGGCGGGGGAAGACAGAAUAUGGGCAGGGGAAGACACAGUGGCAAAAGCCCUGCUGCUGUAAUUUUCAAUGGUGUAUAUUCAAAUAUGAGGAUGGUCCACGUUUUGACUUCAGUAGUGGGGACCAAGUGUGAGCUCAAAGUGAAAAACGGAGCGGUAUAUGAAGGAGUAUUCAAGACAUAUGGUCCAGAGUGUGACUUGGUGUUGGAUGCAGCCCACAGAAAGAGCCCAGAGCUGAGCAUAGGCCCCAGGAAAGAAGACAUUGUUGAGAGCAUCAUUUUCAAAGCUUCUGAUGUCGUCGUGGUGACCUUUAAAGAUGUGGACCUGAAUUUCGCCAGGAAAGUCUCCUCUGACACAGACAACUUCACAGAUACAGCAGUGAGUGGUAGGAUCAAUGGGGAGCACAAAGAGAAAGAUUUGGAGCCCUGGGAUGGAGGAGAGACCCACAACUCUGACAGCCUUGAGUCUCUUGAUACAGAUGUGUCAAAUGGAUGGGAUCCCAACGACAUGUUUAAGUACAACGAGGAGAAGUAUGGAGUCUUGUCCACAUAUGAUAGCAGUCUUUCCACAUAUACCGUGCCCUUAGAGCGCGACAACUCAGAGGAGUUCCUGAAGAGAGAGGCGCGUGCUGCCCAGCUGGCAGAGGAGAUUGAGGCCAGUGCCACAUACAAGGCCCGUGUGGCCUUGGAGAACGACGAGCGCACAGAGGAGGAGAAAUACACUGCUGUGGUGCGAGGGGAGAGAGAGACACACACGCUUAACAGAGAGAACAAAUACAUUCCUCCAGGUCAGAGGAACAGGGAAGCCAUGUCAUGGGGGCCAGGACGUCAGAACUCACCCCGCCUGGGUCAGAGCUCAGCCGGACCGUCGGCACCUCGACCGGGACCUCAUGACUACAGUCCCAGCUCUGGCAGUGACCAGAGGGUUGUUAACGGAGGUUCAUCCCAUUGGCCCUCACCCUGUCCAUCUCCUUCCUCUCGUCCCCCCUCUCGUUACCAGUCUGGCCCCUCCUCCCUGCCUCCUCGGGCAACCACGCCCACCAGGCCACCUUCCAGGCCCCCCUCUCGACCUUCCAGGCCUCCCUCUCAUUCAUCCCAUCCCUCCUAUUCCUCCUCUUCAUCCUCCUUUUCCCACCACGGGCCCACAUCGCCAGCCUCCACUCUUCCCAAACGCAUGUCAUCAGAAGGUCCUCCAAGGAUGUCUCCAAAGUCCCAGCGGACACCUCGUGCUCACAGAGUGCCUCCCUCUCGAAUCAGUGGGGUCCCCCCUGGAGUUGACUUGAUGUCCCACAAUGCAUCUGGAGAUGUUCAAGCGACUCCCCCAACUAGGAAUAGUUCAUCUGGAGGCACCUGGUCCUCAGUCGUCAGUGGAGCUCACAGACCUCGCUCCCCCCGACAGAAUAGCAUGGGGGGCCCAUCCCCAGGGGGCACCUCUCUUCCUUCAGCCCAGACAGGAGCAGCUCCUGUGGAAACUGUUGCUCCGCUGACAUCAGCUGCCUCUCCUACUGCUGCUAGCCCCACCUCCAAUAUGGUGGCUUCUCCAUCAGGAGACGCAAAGGAGUGUCGUAUCCAGGAGACCAGGCAGUCUUCCCCCACAGCAAACAAGGAGAACGUUAAGCCUUUGGAUAGCUCUACUAGUAUUACCAGACCAGUCUGUAAAGGACCCCCCUCCAUGCCACCAGACCACAGAAAACAAAUAGAUAAUUUGAAGAAAUUUAGUGUAGAUUUUAGAUUGCAGUCUAGUUCAAAUCCAGACCCACCCUUUGACCAGAUGAUGACCAAGCCUGUUAGAGAUCCAGCAGAAAAGCCUAAAGACCUCCCCCUGCCCCUGGACAAAGCCUCCGCCGUGGGACGGGAUGCUUCUGAGGAUGGUGUAGUAGUGAUUCCUGCCGGCACUCCCGGGGCUUCCUCCGCUCCAUCCACGACCACCACCAACACCAGUAAGCCCGGCAGCCCGGCUGUGCUGUCUCCCUCUCCCUCUGCACCGGACCAGAAGAGGGCGGGGCUGGAGGUGACAUCACAAGGAGUUCAAACAACCGCCACGUCCACGUUCAGUGGCCCCAAGCAUGAGGAGAAGGAGGAGAAAAAAGAGGCAGUACAAGAUCAAGUAAGAAAAUCAACCCUUAACCCAAACGCGAAUGAGUUCAAACCCAGGUUUAAUGCACAGCCUAAACCAGCCAACACCCCAACACCUCCCCGCCCUCAGGGGCAGCCCAGCCCCUCCAUUGUAGUGCAGCAGCCUCCGACUGUAUAUGGUCAGACAGUCUGCUUCCCCCAGAUGUAUCCCAUCACACCGGUCAGCCCUGGAGUGCAGAAAAGCAUAAUAUGGAAGUCUCCAGCAAUGUACCCGGUUCAGAUGUCUCAUAUGGUCAGCCAGUCUAAACCCUUCAGACCAGGUAAAGUCCCCAACAUGCCCCAGCAGAGGUCAGACCAGCACCACCCGACUGGCACCCCCACCAUGAUGCACCCCGCCACCGCAGCAGGACCUCCUAUCGUAGCACCCAGCCCUGCCUACUCUGCACAGUACUUCACCUGCAGCCCGCAGCAGUUCACCAGUCAGCCUCUCGUCCAGCAGAUGCCACACUACCAGUCCCAGGCCCAGCAUGUGUUCAGCCCCGUUAUGCAGGGCAAUGCCAGGAUGAUGGCGCCUCCCACACACGGCCAGCCCGGCCUGGUAUCCUCCUCCACGACGCAGUACCCGGAGCAGACACACACCAUGUAUGUGUCUCCAGGGCCCAUGCAUCAGCAGUACCCCCACCCUAGUGCCACCCUACACCCUCACCCCCAACACCCACAGCCCUCUGCCACCCCCACAGGCCAAGCCCAGCAAGGCGGUCCUCCGCAGCACGGAGGCCCCCCCAGCCACCCCGCCGCCAGCCCGGUGCAGCACCCCCAGCACCAACAGGCAGCAGCAGCGGCGGCGGCGGCCCAGGCCCUCCACCUGGCCAACCAGCCCCCGCAGCAGCAGAUGUACUCGGCCUUGGCCCCCACCCCCCCGUCGAUGACACCGGGGCCCAACCCGCAGUCCCCCCAGGCCUCGUUCCCCUCGGCCCAGCAGACCGUCUAUAUCCACCCGCAGCAGGUGCAGCACGGCUACAACCCCAACCACAUGGCCCACGUGCAGCAGGCCCACAUGCAGUCCGGCAUCGUGCAGUCCCACCACCCGGCACAGAGCCACCCCACCAUGAUGCUGAUGGCCACCCAGGGUCCUCCGGGGGGCCCACAGCCCCAGAUGGCCCAGACCGCCCUCAACCCCAUCCCCGUUUCCUCCACAACACACUUCUCCUACCUGGCACAUCCACAAGUGCAGGCCCACCACCAGCAGCAGCUGUAGAUAGGGGGCGCCAGCGAGCCGAGGGACCCGCUCUGCAUCCCGCUUCUCAACCAGAGCCUUCAUAACCAGGCGACGAAGAGAACGAGAGCCCCCCCCUCCUCCUCUCCUCUCUCUCCUCAUCCUCCCCAGACAUGCUUCACAUCAGCUUUUCUCUAUCCUCCCUUCCUCCCUCCCAGACUAGGCAAUAAGAGAAUGUUAACAGGUUGAUGCAGUGACAUGUUUUAACAAGAUAGAUUUUAUGGACAAGACUGUCUUCUGUUCCGACCCCAUUCUCUGACACACACACACAGAUCUACACCCACGAAGCCAUCUUUCACACACACACACACACACACACACACCUGCAGGGGUCUCAGAUUGCAGUCGAUGUCC